UCGGCUGUCGGCCGCACUUGGGUUCAGCUCCGCGGUGCUGAAAAGGACAGCUCCUUCCACGGCUGCAGGCAUGUUCACCCGGAUGCUGAAACUGAGGCUACUCAACGCAGUGGCCCCCGCGUACUUUUACACGGCGACAGCGGUCACCUUCAUCCUGCACUUCGGCUUCUUCAUUCCGACAAUCUUCCCCAGUCCGGCAACCUCGCCAGGAGGCUCCACGACGGUUCACGCCGUCAUUUUCCUUUUUCUGAUGUUCAACGCCCUGGGGAAUUAUACCAUGACUAUCCUGUAUCCUGCGGCGAGCGCUAACGAAACGACCGUCCCGGUGUGCUCGCCGCACUGCUCGGACAAAGUGGACGCGCAUUAUCUUCUGAACGGACGCCACUUCUGCAAACUGUGCAAAAAAGUGAUACUCAAACGGGAUCACCACUGCUUCUUCACUGGGAAUUGUAUCGGCAACAAAAACAUGCGCUACUUCAUCAUGUUUUGCGUCUAUACAUCGUGCAUUUGUUUGUAUUCGCUGGUUCUCGGCGUGGCCUUCCUCACGGUGGAGUACUCCAUCUCUUUUGAGAACCCGCUGACCUUCUUGACGCUUCUUCCACUCUCCGCUGGUUACUUCUUUACAGGUACAAUAUCCGGCCUGCAGCUUUUCCUGGUUCUGAUGCUGUAUGUGUGGCUGGGUAUCGGCCUGGUGUGCGCGGGAUUCUGCUGCCAGCAAGUGCUGCUGGUGGCCCGGGGCCAGACUUGGUGUCAGAUGCAGAGGGGGCAGCUGGUGGAGAACCGCAGCCCCUGGCGAAGCAACCUGACCGAUGUGUUCGGCACCAACUGGGCGCUGGGCCUCAUUCUGCCUGUGCACACAACGGAGAUGUGCUCGGAGGAACCACUCAAGCAAGACUGAUUAUUUGUUUAUCGGCAACUUCCAAUAGGUCACACAAUCUGUAGGGACAAAUCAUUUACACAGAAAAUACAUUUUAUACAGUCCAAGUAAAAUACAUUUUUUUAAAAAGUGGAGAGGUUGAAAGGCUUUAUAAUGUCAAAAUCUGAACAGAAUUAUUAUCAUUUUGUUAUAGCCUCAUAGCAUAAUUGCCUAAAUCAUAUUUUGAUAUCUGCCUAACUUUGCGCUCCUUUCAUUUCUGCAUAAUCCUGCCUUUCUGCUUAUAUCCAACACUUUUAGAAACCAGAGCAAUAUUAAAAAAGGCCUUUUUUUUCCCCGAGUAUAUAUUUUUUUCUUGUUCUCUAGAACUAGUGAAAAAUGACAGAAGCCAGGGGUGUCAAACUUAUUUUUAGUUUGCGGAACACAUUUAUGGCAAUUAGAUCUCAUGUGGGACGGAUUUGGUUUGUGCAGCGGUGGGGCCUAUUGAACUAACUGCCUGUCAUUGACAGUGGUAGCUGUCCAAUCCAUUUUGACUGGGAGGGAUGAAUGAACUCUGUGCUCAGAUGCUCAUCUUUCCAUGCCAUUGACGGUGCUAGACGCCCGAUCCAUUUUGACUGCGAGGGACAAAUGAACUCAGUCAAAAUGGAUUGGACGUCUAGCGCUGUCAAUGGGGGGGACGAAUGAACUCAGUCAAAAUGGAUUGGACGUGUAGCACCGUCACUGGCACAGAAAGAUGAGCAUUCACAGCUAAUCCUUACAGUUAAAGUGAAUUGGAUGUCAAUUUUGGAUUAUUUUCUGGUGAUUUUUCAGGCAUUUCCAGGUGACUUUCUGUUGAUUUGGUGUCACUUCCGGUUGGUUUUGGGGCAUUUUUGGGUCACUUCAAUUCUUGAUCAUUUCCUGUUCAUUUUUCGGGUUUUCGGACUGUUUUCUGUGGAUUUUGGGGCAUUUCCAGGUGACUUCCUUUUGAUUUAGUGUGACUUCCUUUUGGUUGUAGGCAGUGCUUAAUUUGUAAAUCAUGAGGUGCCGGAACGCAAAGUAGUUAUGACAGCGCAGGGAUGACGAGACAAGCACAGGUCCCGGAACAUACGCAGAAAAUGGUGCUGAAAACAACACGCAAAUGCCCACUUGACAUGCUGUGGGGCAAGCCUCAAUUUCAGAUAGUGUGGUAUAAAUGUUAUGACAACAAUUUACAAUUAUUUAGGCUAUACUCUGCACAGCAUGGGCAAUUGCCCACAUAACCACAGGUGGGACCUAGAGUACACAGUCAGCAAUUAGUUUUUCAACAGGUCUAACUUAUUAAACAUAAAAAAAAAAAAAAAUCUGAGAUUACAAUAAAUGACACAAACCCAUUGCGAGUUUCCUCCCCCCAUCUUCUCUGGCCCCAAAGUUCCCACCGCUUUACAAAUUGUGCAGCACAAACCCGAAUUUCCUGUAAGGGUACUGGCCUGUUGCUCCGGCUGUUGGUGGUCCACCUGGCUGACUGCUGGCGCUGUAGCUGGCCUCCACUCCGGGUGGAGCUGAACCUGACCAGCUGCUGCCAUGGUAGCAGCCUCCUGCCCUGGCUUGGCUGUCUGUCCGUGAACCUGGCUAGCUGCUGCGGCGCUAGCCUCCUGCUGCACCCAUUAGCAUGAUCACUGCAUCUACCCUCAUCACCGGUUGUUGCUUUUCUGAUUCGUUUUGAACCAUUGUAACUGCGGACACGAAAGUGAGCCAUGUGCAGUUUGUGCACGCUCUCGCUCGCAGCCCAAAUCACAAAUCUAUGGUUUUCCCGGGCCAAUGUCAAAAUUAAAGCAUGUGAUUUUGUAUGGACAGUAUGAAUGAGCUACAAAACAACCCCACGGGCUGCAGUGGACCUCCUGCAUCCAUUUGACACCCUGAUUUAGGCAAUUAUGCUAUGAGGCUAACAAUUAGCUGAAGAAAAAACACUUUAUUGGUGAAAAAAAAUCGACAACUGUCCCUGAAUGGAUUGCUUUUUUUUCCGAGUUUGAAAACAGAAAGAUAAACACACUUUUGUACAGUAAUAAGAGAACUAAAACACACAGCUAGCUAGCUAGCUAGUUAGCUAGGUACACAACAUUUGAAGAGAAACUUACUGGAGAGGGAACAUAUUGUUUAUAGAACGACAGAUUGCCUAGAAGUUUUAAACCGUUAUUGCUUGCAGGCAGGUUUGCCGCAAUAGUCGCUAUAUCAAACUAAAAAAUGUACUUGCUGUUUUCGUGUGUAGGGCGAACCAAUAAAAGCCCCAUAGGUUAUUGGGUGAUUCUCAUUAAAGCUAUGCGUUACGGUCAUUGAGGACAUUUAUCAAAGCUAGCUUAAGAUACCAAAAUGCUAUGAUGACUCAAAUCAUUUUUUUUUUUCAUUAACAGUUUGAGCUCCCAAAUAUUUUAUUUACAGUAGAAUAGCUAAUUGAUGAAUGUCUAAAAACAUUUAAUACUACACAUUAUGGUAGUGAUCAUCAAUAGUGGAGAUGUAGGCAUAUAAACCUACAGUGGAAUGAAAAAGUAUCUGAACCUUUUGGAAUUUCUCAUAUUUUUGCAUAAAAUCACCAUUAAAUGUGAUCUGAUCCUUGUCAAAAUCACACAGAUGUAAAAACAAGGUCUGCUUUAACUAAAACGACCCAAGCAUUUAUAGGUUUUCAUAUUUUAAUGAGGAUACAAAUAAUGACUGAAGGGGGAAAAAUAGGUGAACCAUCACAUUUAAUAUUUUGUGCGCCCCCCCCCCCCUUGGCAGCAAUAACUUCAGCCAGACGCUUCCUGUAGCUGCAGAUCAGUCUGGCACAUCGAUCAGCACUAAUCUUUUAGACCCGUUCUUCUCAACAAAACUGCUGUAAUUCAGUCAGAUUCCUGGGAUGUCUGGCAUGAAUCGCUGUUUUUAAGUCAUGCUACAGCGUCCAAUGGGGUUCAAGUCUGGACUUUGACUUGGCCACUCCAGAACUUAUACCUAUACGUAUUUUGCUCUUCUUAAACCAUUCUGAAGCUGAUUUACUUCUGUGUUUUGGAUCAUUAUCUUGUUGCAGCAUCCAUCCUCUUUUUAGCUUCAACUGUCUGACAGGCGGCCUCGGGUUUCCCUGCAAAAAAUCCUGAUAAACUUUUGAAUUCAUUCUUCCAUUAAUGGUUGCAGGUUGUCAAGGCCUUGAGGCAGCAAAACAGCCCCAAAUCAUGAUGCUCCCUCCACCAUACUUCAAGGUGGGGAGGAGGUGUUCAAGGCCUUGAGGCAGCAAAACAGCCCCAAAUCAUGAUGCUCCCUCCACCAUACUUCAAGGUGGGGAUGAGGUGUUGAUGUUGGUGAGCUGUUCCAUUUUUCCUCCACACAUGACUACGUGUGUUACUCCCCAACAAUUCAGCUUUGGUUUCAUCAGUCCACAAAAUAUUUUGCCAAAACUUUUGGGAGUGUCCAAGUGCCUUUUUGUAAACAUUAAACGAGCAACAAUGUUUUUUUACGACAGCAGUGGCUUCCUCCGUGGAGUCUGUAGCUGUCCCUUGGUCCAAAAAAGACAAAGUAGUCCCGACUGAUGCUCCAGUUUCUUUUAUUUUUCUCUCCACUCUCGUUCGCACCAUAAGCACCUGGUGCACCUGAUUCCGCCGAUCAAGGGUGCUAAAACAAUGUGACCUGGUCUGCAGCUUUAAUGGACACUCUUUAAUGGUUGUAGACUUAUCCUCUCCCUUUGUCUCUAUAACUUUCCGUUUUUGCCGACACAACAUACAAGGCACGACCGCAUUGAGUGGUGCUUCCCGCAUUCUGAAGCUUUGGCCUUCCUCCUCACUGCUUCUACAUCGUGCAGAUAAACUAGGGAAGCCUGCGCAACGUUGCCGUCCUAUGGCGCUUAUGGGAAUUGCACGAAAUAAUGAUGCAGAAUGAUCAAGCAGACUUAUAUAUAGAUAAUUAAAUUCGAAACAAACUAACUUUUGAACUUUUAAACAUUAUAUCAAAUUAUAUUACAUUGGAGUGCAGAUUAUCUGCAUUUACAGAGUCCUCCCAUGAACACCAUUCUUGGGCAUGGUUUUAUAUAUACUGUAGCUGAUGUGUGCACAGAGAUAUUGGACUGUGCCAGUGAUUUCUGUAAGUCUUGAGCAGCCACUCUGGGGUUCUUUUUUUUUUUUUUUUACCUCUCUGAGUAUUCUGCUCUGAACUCUUGGCGUCAUCUUUGGUGGAUUGCCACUUCUUGGGAGAGAAGCAACAAUGCCAAACUCUCUCCAUUUGUAGACAACUUCUUGAUGAACAUCCAGACUUUUAUAGAUCGUUUUGUAUCCUGUCCCAGCUUUAUACAAAUUAACAAUCUUUGAUCGCAGGUUUUCAGACAGCUCUUUUGACCGGCCCAUGAUGCACAUCAGACAAUGCUUCUCAUCAAGACAAUUCUUACCAGAUGUGUGUUUUAUAGUAAGCAGGGCAGCUUUCAACCACUCAUCAGUGAUUGGGCACACGCCUGACUUAAAUUGUUUGGUAAAAAUUGGUUUGAAUUGCUCUUUAAAUCUCCUUAGGCAGAGGGUUCACUUACUUAUUUUCCCCCUUCUGUAAUUAUUUGCAUGCAA